GCAAGGACAAGGAAAGCAGUGAGGAUGAUCUAAUGUAAGGUCUGAUCUCAUCCACUACUGGGAAGAUGCUUCUCCAGCUGUUACUUGUCCUUAUCGGUGCUACCACAGUUACCAGCCAGUUAAUAGCAGCAAACUGCUACCUGUACUUGAGACGACCAGAGUACACAGACAUUGCUGUGGAAUGUGGCACUAAUUCCAUUGACCUGGCUAUACAGAUUUGUCCAGCUGUCUACACUGGCUACAAUGAGUCUUUGCUUUUCAUCAACAACGUUACAGAUGACCCAACCUGCAGAGGCACUCUGGAUACUUCAGUGGCUCCUCCAGUGCUUCGCUUCAACUUCCCCAUUAACCAGACUAAUGCCUGUGGCAGCACUUUCAAGACCACCAGCGCUCCAGGCACUGGAAUAUUCUCCGACUUUUCCACCAUCCAGACAGUAAACAUCAGCGGCGUGGUGCGAUCGUAUGACCCUACAAUAGGCACAGUGACAUAUAAUGCUGAGCUGAAGUACUUUUAUUCGUGUGCCUAUCCUCUGGAGUACCUGAUCAACAACACACAGAUGGAUGUGUCUUCAACUUCUGUCGCAGUGAAGGACAACAAUGGCAGUUUCAUCAGCACGCUGAGCCUCCGGCUCUUCAGCGAUGUAAACUUCACCAAACUCCUGGAUAUCCCUCAUCUGGGGAUUGAGCUAAGGACUAAUGUAUUUGUGCAGGUCCAUGCCACCAAUCUCACCUCCCAGUACUUUGUGUUGCUGGACAGGUGUUAUGCUUCCACAUCACUUAACCCAAACAACAUUGCCUUCCAUAACCUCUUUAUACCGUGCUUUAGUGAUGAGAUGACCAACAUGAUUGAGAAUGGUGUGAGUAAUCGAGCACGGUUCUCCUUCCCUGCUUUCCGCUUCAUAGAGCAACAGAACCAGACGAUCUCCACCUACUACCUGCACUGCAUUACACGACUGUGUGAGAAGACUAUCUGCAGAACAUACAGGCUAUGCCUUAAUGGCAGAAAGAGGCGAGACGAGGGGUCUGCUUCUUCUCUUCAAGAUGGAGUCUCAGAGUCUGCCACCCUCACCUCUCCUGCCAUCAUUACCAGAACAGAGAGCUCUCAGCCAUUGAAUGUGCAAGACACAUCUGGCACUCAGACUAGCUCUGCUUCCUCUGCUGCGGUGGGCGUGGUGGUGGGCAUGGUGGUGUUCAUCUGCAUUAUGAUUAUUGGGAUAGCUGCAGUUUACAUCAGGAGGCUCAUAUGUUCUACAGCUUCUAAAAUGUAUUAUGGUUAA